AAACUGGACUGAAUUCAAAAUGGUCAGAAGAACAGCGGCCCUUGAGGAGAACCAUUGCAUCAUGACCCCAGACAAAGAGCCUGUUGUCACAAACCUUUGGUUUUUUUGUAUCGUGAUCUUAAUAGUCGGAAUCAUAGUCCAGGUCUCUGGUGAAAAUGAACUUAGAGUAGACAUGUCAAAAAUAGGCCUGACGCAUGUUCCGAAAGACCUGUCACCAAGAACUGAAGUCUUAGACAUAUCUCAAAACUACAUAUCUGAGCUUCAGAUCUCUGACUUCAGCUUCUUGUCGGGGCUGAAAGUUUUGCGACUUUACCAUAAUAGAAUCCAGAGACUUGAUUUUAGUGUUUUCAAGUUCAACCGCUACCUGGAAUAUUUGGAUUUAUCUCACAAUCAGUUGCAAAAGAUAUCCUGCUACCCUGUGGUGGGUGUCAAACAUUUAGAUCUCUCAUUCAAUGACUUUGAUGCUCUGCCCAUCUGUACAGAAUUUGGCAACUUGACACAACUGAAUUUCUUGGGAUUAAGUGCCGCAAAGUUCCAGCCAUUAGAUCUGCUACCAAUUGCUCACUUGCAUCUAAAUUACAUUCUUCUGGAUUUAGGAGGUUAUUACGUGAAAGAAAAUGAGGCAGAAAGUCUUCAAAUUCUGAACACAAAAUCACUUCAUUUUGUUUUCCACCCAGAGAGUUUAUUUUCUGUCCAAGUGAACAUAUCAGUUAAUACUUUAGGGUGCUUACAGCUGACAAAUAUUAAAUUGAAUGAUGAGAACUGUCAAGUCUUAAUUAACUUUUUAUUGGAACUCAUUAGAGGCCCAACCUUACUGAACUUUACUCUCAACCACAUGGAAACAACUUGGAAAUGCUUGGUUAGAGUUUUUCAGUUCCUUUGGCCCAAACCUGUGGAAUAUCUCAAUAUUUACAAUUUAACAAUAGUCGAAAGCAUUAAUGAAGAAGAUUUUGCUUAUUCUGAAACAGCACUGAAAGCAUUAAAAAUAGAACAUAUUAAAAACCAAGUUUUUAUCUUCUCACAGACAGCGUUGUACACAGUGUUUUCUGAGAUGAACAUUAUGAUGUUAACCAUAUCAGACACACCUUUUAUUCAUAUGCUUUGUCCUCAAGCACCAAGCACAUUUAAAUUUUUGAACUUUACCCAGAAUGUGUUCACAGAUAGUGUUUUUCAAAACUGUUCCACUUUAGUGCAAUUGGAGACACUUAUCUUGCAAAAAAAUGGAUUAAAAAACCUUUGUAAAGUAUCUCUCAUGACAAAGAAUAUGCCGUCCUUGGAAUUCCUGGAUGUUAGCUUGAAUUCUCUGGAAUCUCAUAGACUUGAGGAAAAUUGCACUUGGGUUGAAAGUAUAGUGGUAUUAAAUAUGUCUUCAAAUAUACUUACUGACUCAGUUUUCAGCUGUUUGCCUCCCAAGGUCAGGGUACUUGAUCUUCACAAUAACAGAAUCAUGAACAUCCCUAAAGAUGUCACCCAUCUGGAAGCUUUGCAAGAACUCAACGUAGCAUUCAAUUCUUUAGCUGACCUUCCCGGAUGUGGUACCUUCAGCAGCCUCUCUGUACUGAUCAUUGACCAUAAUUCUAUUUCCCACCCAUCAGCUGAUUUCUUCCAGAGCUGCCAGAAGAUGAAGUCAAUACAAGCAGGGAGCAACCCAUUCCAAUGCACAUGUGAGCUCAGAGACUUCAUCCAACAUAUAGGCCAACUACCAAGUGAAGUGGUAGAGGGCUGGCCUGAUGCUUAUAAGUGUGACUACCCAGAAAGCUAUAAGGGAACCCCACUAAAGGACUUCCAUGUGUCUCCAUUAUCCUGUAACACAGGUCUGCUGAUUGUCACCAUUGGGGUCGUGGUGCUGGUGUUAGCUGGUUCUGUGACCUUCUUCUGCCUCUACUUGGAUCUGCCCUGGUAUCUCAGGAUGGUGUGUCAGUGGGCCAAGACUCGGCACAGAACUAGGAACAUCCCCUUGGAAGAACUCCAAAGAAAUCUUCAGUUCCAUGCUUUUAUUUCAUACAGUGAACAUGAUUCUGCCUGGGUUAAAAAUGAACUAGUACCCUGCCUAGAAAAAGAAGAUAUCCGGAUCUGUCUCCAUGAAAGAAACUUUGUUCCUGGCAAGAGCAUUGUGGAAAAUAUCAUAAAUUGCAUUGAGAAGAGCUACAAGUCCAUCUUUGUUUUGUCCCCCAACUUUGUCCAGAGUGAGUGGUGCCAUUAUGAGCUGUACUUUGCCCACCACAAUCUCUUCCAUGAAGGGUCUGAAAACUUACUCCUGAUCUUACUGGAACCCAUCCCACCCAAUAGCAUUCCCAACAAGUAUCACAAGCUGAGGGCUCUCAUGACACAGCGCACUUACUUGGAAUGGCCCUUGGAGAAGAGCAAACAGGGACUUUUUUGGGCUAACAUCAGAGCUGCUUUUAAUAUGAACUUAACACUAGUCAAUGAAAACAAUGAUGUGAAAACUUAAAGUCAGGAAAUCCCAAUUAACACCAUUAUCUUGAACUCUGAUGAAUAUCAUUUCUAGCUCCUAUCUGGGGCUGCUUCCAUAUCCACCAUGUCUUUGGGGAAGAUACAAUGGAAACCUUGUUUCAACUGAGUUGGGGAAUUAGGUUUGGGGUGGGGAUAAAGGUGAUGCUCAUUUUGCCAAUUAGAGAAAUCUUAGUAUCUUCCUGUUUACUCUCCGUUUUCACAUUGAAACAGUCUUUUUUGAGUAAAUUCUCAUUCAGGGAUCUUUCUUCCCCACUCUCCUUUCCCAAAUGAAAGAGGGAAAGGAGACUUUGUGACUUCAUGUCAUCAAGAAAAGAGGUGGCCUCAGAACUGUAUGCACUGGUCCUUGGAGCCUCCUCUGAAUCCUCAUUGGACUCUGGUUUUAUUAGGACCCUUGACAACCCAGCUGGAGACUGCAUUUCCCAGCAUUCCUUGUGGCUCCAUGUGGACAUGUGACUGAACUCUUAGCACUGGGAUGGAACUGGAACCUGUGUGCCUCUCUGUGCUAUGUCUCUAAGAAAGAUGAGCGUGGAUUCCUUUGUCAGUUCCACUGACAAAGGAAAGAUGAGUGUAGAAUUGGAUAAGCCAUCUAGAACUAGAGGUGAAAGUCACAUGUAGAUGUGCUCUUCAUUCUACCCACUUGUGCUGCCCAAGACAGCCUCGCCGCAGGUCUGGACUGCUCAGCUCUGUUGUGUGACAGAGAAGUAAACCUCCAUCUGUUGAAGCCACUUUGGAUUCCUCUGAUACAGCCUCUUAGAACAUAUACGGCCAUCUGCAGCACAGAGCCAUGGUACAGCUUUCUCUGAUUUCCUUCCUGUGUGGACCUAUUAUGAGAGAACAGUGUGCAAGUUCUACUCUGCAACCUGGAGCAAAGCAUCCAUCAAUGUGAGGCACCUGGAUCAGCCUGUGCUACUGCAAAGCCUCUUAACUGGCCUCCUCGCUCUUACUCUUGCCUCCCACAUUAGAGUGGGUUUUUUAAGAUGUAAAUUACAUUAGGCCAUUCCCUGCUUAAAGCCUUCUAGUGACCUCCCUUUGCAGUUGGAACAAGAGUCCAACUCCUCCCAGUGACCUGGGUUGCUAUCAUGAUCCGCCUGCUCACCUCUCUGCACUGUCCCCUUUACUUCUAAUCCAGCCCAGUUGCCUUCUGGCUGGUCCCCCAGUGCAUCACACUGGUUCCCCACUGUGUCACCAUUACACUUGGCCACACCACUUCCCCUGCUGAGAUUAGUCUCCCUGAACAGCUUGGCUUGUCCUCACCUUUCACAUCCCAAUGUCACCUCCAGUGGGGAGGGGGUGUGGGCUGCUCCCCCAUUCUAAAACAACCCGCCCCUAGUCCUUGUGGGGCACUUUCUCCUGUUGGUUUUCAUCACAGCACAUCAUUCUGCAGUUAUCUUGUUUACUUGUUUACCUGUUUAUUCGGUUUCUCCUCCACUGAAAUGCAAGCCGCAGUUAAAUGGGACCCUUCUCAAUGCGUUCCCCGCUUCUCCCUGGUGCUGAGUGGACAGUUCAUCGUCCAUGGUAGAUACACGGUCAAAACUUGGAUGAAGGCGUCUCCCUGACUGGCCACAACAUCUUUGAAGCCCUCAAUGCAGAGGUGGCUGUGCUGGAGCACAGCAGGGGCGGCCCUGGUGGAGUCCAUGCUGAGCUGCCCUGCUAGCGGGCUGGUCUCUCAGGCUGCUAGGAGAGCUGCCCUUGGUCUUGGAUACCUUUGUCUCUGUUUGGGUGUCCCCAUGCUUGUCUCCACUGGCCACUUGUUAGGUGAGAGGACCCCGGGUGUCACCUGAUGUUGGGCCUUCCUGCAGAGACCGGGCGAGCCUUUCCCCAGUGCAGCCCCCACACCCAGCAGCCCCUUCUGCCUGCGUGGAGCAAGCCCUUCUGUUGAGACAGUUGUGAAGGUUACUCGGAUUUGAUCAGUACAUAUGCUGUGCACCUGUGUAGAAAUAUCACACUGCACCUCUUAAAUAUACACCAUCAUUUCAUGUCAAUCAAAAUUUUAAUAAAUGUAUAUUUCAGCA